GAUAAAAAAGGAGUUAAAGAUUUAAGAAAAUUUCCCGACGAAGAUCGUUGGAAAUUUCCUGACUUAGAUGACACUUCAAUGUUAUGUGUGCGUUGUCGAUUCCGUGUCAAAGAAUAUAUUCCGCCGGCAUCAGAGGAAGAGGAAAUUAUUUCAAGUCAAAUUAGUGUUGAAAGUCUGAGUAUAUCAGCUGAAAUUUGUACUCAAGGAAGCAGUUUAUCUCGAACUGUCAGUAAUUUUAGCGACAAUCUAUGUGAUUACAAUGAUCAUUCUUUAGAGCGAUUUUUGAGAAUUCCUCUUUUUGAAAAAGACAGGUUAUAUUCUGAAAAAAAUUAUGGAGUAAAAAAACUUGAUGCGAGCUAUGCUGCCCUAGAGAAUAAGUUCCAAUCACAAUUUAGAAUAGUACCUGAAUCUACCUACAGAAAAAUUAAUCAAGAUCAUUGUUCCAUGAUAGCUAAAGUGAAGAAAUUAUAUAACGCUGAAAGUGACAAUUGGGAAGUCAGUCGUAUAGCAUCUGAAUUUAACUGUUCUCGAAAAAUGGUACUGAAUCUUAAAAAUGAUAUCAGUGUAUCUGAGAAUGUUGAUUUAGACUCUGGUGAAGUGACUACUAAUACUUUGAAUCCCACAAAAGUUCCAGGCAAUCAGCCGCUUAAGUUAGAUGUCAAAAAACUUGUCAUUGAUUUUUAUGAAAGCGAAGAAAACUCAAAACAAUCAGCGGGCAUGAAAGAUUUUAAAUCUGUGAAGGAUUGUGAUGGAAAUCGAACUAGGGUACAAAAAAAGUUGAUUCUUUGUAAUUUAAAAGAAUUUUACCAAAGCUUCAAAGCGCAAUAUAAUUCAGUGGCAAUCGGAUUUUCUAAAUUCGCUAGUUUGAGGCCUACUUAUUGUAUUCUUGCUGGAAGUAGUGGUACACAUGUCGUAUGUGUUUGUACUAUUCAUCAAAAUGUAAAAUUGAUGUUAGAAGGAUGUAAUUUUCCAAAAUUUGCGAAAAACACCGAUUGGGUUGUAGAAUCUCAGCCAAUUUGA